AUGUAUAUAAAACACUCAACACAGUUCUAUUUGUCCACUACAUGUUUUGAACUUCAUCUCAGCUUAAAUCACAAUGCGUUUCUUAAAGAGACUGCGUUAAAACAGUGGAGGUGCCGGUCUGGAAGGCUAUCGGCCGCCAUUAAUGGAAUAAUAUCCAACCUGGAAUUCUGCCUGGUUAGGAAUAACUUUUACGUUAGAAUUGUUGCGUUGGGUCAUUUACAAUUAAUAUAUUUCACUUUCUUGUUACCAGAAUGCGCGUCACCAAUGGGAAUGGAAAACAAGGCGAUACCCGACAAAGCGAUCACUGCUUCCUCUGAGGUACGUUUAACAAUUUUAGUCAUGUUUCCGCUAUCUUUAUAUAUUCGACGCUUUGUGUACAAGUGGAAUGAAUUUCAUGGACCCACCAAUGCAAGGUUGUACCAUAUGGCAGGCGGCGGAAAGACGGGCGCUUGGUCCUCUAGGACAAACGACCAAUCACAAUAUAUUCAGGUAGAUUUUGGAGAAGUCAAAAGGGUAACUCAGGUUGCAAGUCAAGGCCGUCAGGACGCUGCACAGUGGGUGACGAGGUUCAAAGUGUCUUACAGUACAUUUGGGAAGGUGUUCAAUUCCCAAGAUCAUGUGAGUUAUCAAGUGAUAUUUGUACAAUCGAAGGCAUGUUUAACUGUGGAUUCAUUUUCUCAUGCUAAUAUUGACGAUGACGACGAUGACGAUGAUGAUGACUACGUUUAUGAAGCCAACAGCGACCAGCACAGUGUUGUCGUCAAUACCCUUACUCAACUCAUCGAGGCUCGUUUUGUCCGUCUCGACAUAGAGGCAUGGUAUGGACACAUUUCAAUGCGGUUUGAAUUAUACGGGUGCGAUGCGGGUAAGAGAUGUUGUUGUGGUUGUCAGUGAAGUUUUGUUUUUAUUGUUUUUCUUUUGUGCUCCCAUCACCUGUUAGGUUUGUAAUCGGCCUGUGGCACUACGGGGGAAUAAUGCCCUAGAAUUAGCCAAUCAGAGUGCGCGUCGUAUCGGCUACAAACAUAAGCCAUAUUAUAAUAAUUAGCUAAUGUGGUCGUUAGUGGGUUGGUUUAUCGAUUUGUUCGUUCUUAUUCCACUAUGAAUAAAUAAUAAAAUAUUGAGCCAGUUAAAAAGUAAUAAAACAGUAUUAUGUUGCAAGGCCUCGGUCUAGCCCUCUUAGGCUCGGCCUAGCCUCAAGCUUCGGCUUAGGCAAGGAAAGGUCUCGGUCUGAGAUUUUCCCGUGAAGACCUCACUCUUGGUUAUUCACAGUUUCUUUCUCCCCCCAACCCCGUGUAUAGGUAUAAAUGGGUAACUGCGAAAAUAAUGGUGGGGGAUAACCCUUUGAUGGACUAGCAUUCCAUACAGAGGGAGUAGAAAUACUCCUCGCCGCCUGAUGCUAGUGAACCCGGAGCUAAGCGCCAGCCUUAUGGGCCCCUCGUCUUGUAUGGAGACUUUACCUUUUUUAACUAUCCUUUUAGAUUGUAUAACGCCCCUGGGAAUGGAAAAUGAUGAAAUCCCAGAUUCGUCCAUAACGGCUUCAUCAGAGGUAAGUGCAAUAGAAGCUAAAACAAUAAAGAGCCUGACAGUUGAAAUAAAAAAAAAUUAUAUAAAAAAAAUUGUAUCAAAAAUUGUAUCACCCAUACAAGUACUACAUAUUGAAUUAAUGUCAGAUUCGUUAAGUGUAGCUUGUAGCUUGUGAAAAACCUGUAGGAAGCACGAUAUUAGUGAAGUAUUGAGUUAUCACUAUAUACAUAAUGGACUAUUAGGCCUAAACUGUCGAAGCUGAAUUGAUCAGAUCAAAGUCAUGUGUAACUUCGUAACAACACUCAGGGGCAAAUUCAGAUGUGGCAGACGAAGAAAUUGUGGCAGAGCGCAAGU